AUGGCUUCCAAAAACUGGCUGGUCCUGCUGCUGAGCUGGGCCUCAGUCACAGGCAUCCUAGGAGAUAUUAUCUUGAGACCCAGCUGCAGCACAGGGUGGUUUUACUACAGAUCCAAUUGUUACAGAUAUUUUCGAAAACAUCAAAGUUGGUCUGAUGCUGAGCUGGAGUGUCAGGCCUUUGGGAAUGGGGCCCACCUGGCCUCUCUGCUGUCAAAAAAGGAAGCCAAAGUCAUAGCCAAGUACAUCUGGAGCUAUCAGCGAAACCAGCCCAUCUGGAUUGGUCUCAAUUAUGCCCAAAACAGGAGCAAUUGGAAAUGGAUUGAUGGAAGUUUGUUUCUCUUCAGAGCCUGGUCUAAUAAGUCUUACCAGGGAAAUAAGGCCUGUGGGGAAAUGGCUUAUCACAGUAAUUUCUUAACCUGGAAUAAAAAUGAUUGCAGCAAGCGCUGACGCUUCGUAUGCAAAUACCGACCCUAG